AUGACCUCGCGCACGACCAAACGACUGCUCUCUGAACUGAACGACUUUGCCAACUCGCAACAGUCCGCCUCGUCCGGGCUGAUCAGUCUUGGACCACGCUCCGACUCGUCUCUUCUCGAUUGGACGGCGACGAUCCAAGGGCCACCCGAUUCGGCUUACCAAGGUGUGCACACCACCGACACCGGAUAUCAAUCGCUAGCUUCAGUCCAAACUCUCAUGUUGUAGGCGUUUUCAGACCGCACGUUCGUACUGGCGAUCAAGAUCCCCGAAACGUACCCUGCCCACCCCCCGACGAUCUCGUUCCCAGAACCCGUAUUCCACCCCAAUGUCCACCUCAAAGUGAGCAUCCUAUCUUGACCAAUUCCGCCUUGACCCGCCCUCCAUCGAGCUUACCGCUGCCCCUACCUGCCCUUCUCCCCCUCACGCCCUCACGCCCUCCCCCAACUCUCAGACAGGCGAGAUCUGCCUCGACGUCCUGAAAACCGAAUGGUCCCCCGUAUGGACCCUCACCUCCGCAUGCCUCGCCGUCCAGGCCCUCCUCGCCGUGCCUGAACCGAGUUCUCCUCUCAACGUUGAUGCGGGUCGGUCCUCGGCUCGGAUGAAGGUUCGGGGGGGGGGGGGGGGGAAAUGAGACUGAUCCUUUGAUUUUUGGGUCUGUGUGGGUGGGGGUGUGGGUGGGGGUGGGUGUUGGGGUCCGCGCAGCGAAUUUGUUGAGGUCAGGGGAUCAAGUCGCUUAUAGUUCCAUGGCGAGAAUGUACGUGUUGUUCAUUCGGGGGCAUCUUUUCGGCGAUCAUUGGCGCGAGGUGCCAAGUGGCUGA